UCUUCAUUUUCAUCUUCUUCUUCCCUAAUUUCUUCAUUCUUGUUUAUAUGUCGUCUUCAAAUGAAAAGAAUGAUCCACUGUAUAAUUAUGAUCCUUUCCAAGGAUUCAACUCAUCAACCUUCCCAUUCUUUGACUACAAUAAUCUUCUUGUUUACAGCCAAGCUGCUCCAACACCACCAUUUCAGGGUUUGGAUUCUUCUUACAUGAACUUCACCGACUGUUUACACGACCAAAACUCCUUUUCAAGACCCUUCUUCGACAUGUCUGGUUCUUCAUCUGAUGUUGUUGCUCCGGUCCACGACAACAUUAGUAACUCCAAACAAACUGUAGACGAUUCAGUAAGGAUUAAAAUUGAUAAUACUGAAAACCCAUCUACACCAAAUUCCUCAGUGUCAUCUCCCUCUAAUGGCGGAACAGCUGUUGAAGAUUCAAGCAAGACCAACAAAGGGUCCGAACAUGAAAAAUCAAAGAAAGUGAACAAACCAAAAAAGGAGAGGCAACAAAGAGAGCCGAGGUUUGCCUUCCUCACCAAGACUGAGAUUGAUGUUCUUGAAGAUGGAUAUAGAUGGAGGAAAUAUGGACAAAAGGCAGUCAAGAAUAGCCCUUAUCCAAGAAGCUAUUACAGAUGCACCACCCAAAAAUGUGGUGUGAAGAAGCGUGUGGAGAGAUCAUUUCAAGAUCCAUCGGUUGUGAUCACUACGUACGAAGGCAGUCAUAACCAUCACAUUCCGACCACUCUUCGAGGCAAUAACAUCACAUCAUCGGCCGCUUUCCCUCAUGAAUUCCUCGCUCAUUAUUUCUUUCCAUCAACAAGCAAUCAUCAAGAAGACCAGAACUCUAUGCAACAUCAAAGCGUCGCCCUUCAUCAACAUCAGCAGCAACAGCAGCUUCAAGUUUCCGACUAUGGUUUGUUACAUAAUUUAGUAUCCUCCUCCACCCGCAAGCAGGCUCCAUGAAAAUCUGUAGUGAACUAUCACUAUGAAUGAAA